AUGGAACAAAAAGAACAUAGUUUCGGAACGCUUUGAAAAAUAAAAAGGCAGCAUUCGACAUCAAGAAAAUCAUGAGCGAAUUUAUCAUCAAAUAAGGAACUAUUCAUUAGUGACUCUAUUGGCGAUAUAAGGUCCUACUAUGAUCUUUCUGAAACCCCACUGGGAGAAGGGGCAUUUGGAGUGGUCUAUUUAGGGACAGAAAAAGCCACAGGGGAAAAGAGAGCGGUCAAAGUUAUUGAGAAAUCUAAAAUUAAAAAUUUUACAAGGUUUCAUAAUGAAAUAUAUGCUCUUAAGACCCUUGAUCAUCCUCAUAUCAUUAAGCUAUACGAAAUAUUUAAGGACGAGGACCAUGUAUAUCUAGUCCAGGAGCUUUGUACAGGAGGAGAGCUCUUUGACUACAUAGUCGAACAAGAAUACCUAACUGAAGAAAUAUCUGCGAAAAUAUUCCAUCAACUAAUGCAAUCCAUAAUGUAUUGCCACAAAAACAGGAUCGCACACCGUGAUCUUAAGCCUGAAAACUUUAUGCUUAAGUCCAAAGAUGGAGAGCUCUGAGUCAAGUUGAUUGACUUCGGACUUUCUUGCUCAUACAUGACUUUUGGAGACAGUGGCUCCCAGAAAUUAAAGAAGAUGACAACUAAAGCAGGAACUCUCUUUUUCAUGGCCCCAGAAGUUCUAAAACAUAAUUAUAGUAAUAAGUGAGAUAUUUGGUCUGCAGGAGUCAUCCUCUACAUUAUGCUGUGAGGCUACCCACCCUUCGCAUCUGAAGACGAUGCUGAAACAGUCGAGCUCAUCAACGAAGGAGAAGUCGAAUUUGAUGAUGAAGCAUGGGAACUAAUCUCUGAUGAGGCUAAAGACUUGAUCUCAAAAAUGCUUGUUACUGAAAAAGAAAGACUUUCAUCCAAAAAGUGUCUCUCCCAUCCUUGGGUUAAAUAAAUACUCGUACUCAAGGAAAAAGGGAAAAUUAUUGGAUUCUCAAUUAAGCAGAUUGAAGGAGUUUCAGCAUAAUACUAAAUUCCGAAAAGUUAUCCUUUCUUACCUUUCGACUCGAGUCAGUGAUGACGACAUUAAGCAAGAGAAAGAUCUAUUUAACUCUAUUGAUAAGAACAAAGAUGGGUACAUUACAGUGAAAGAGUUACAAGAGGUCACAAAAGACACAAUGACAGAGCUGGAUAUUAAGAAUAUUCUCAUGAGCAUUGAUCUUGACAAAAACGGUGCUAUUAACUACUCAGAGUUCAUUGCUGCUUCUAUGAAUGAGAUAAUUACAAAAGAUGCUUCGAAGAUGAAAACAGCCUUUGAUUUCUUUGAUAGAGAUAAAAAUGGCUUCAUCGAAAGGCAUGAACUCAAAGAGAUCCUUAGUAAAAAUAACGAUGAGAUGCUUGACGAGCUGCUUAUUGAUGAAGUUGUUAAUGAAUGAGAUCUUGAUGGAGAUGGAAAAAUAGACUAUUUAGAAUUUUAUAGGUGCAUGAGCAUGAAUACUGAUUAAAAACAUUAUC